ACCCUUUAUUUCAUUUCACCACAGAGAAAACAUUAGAAACUUUUCUUCCGCCGUUUGGCUUAAAAGAGCGAGAGAGAAGCAAAAAAGAAGAAGAUGCAGAUCUUCGUGAAAACCCUAACGGGGAAGACGAUCACACUCGAGGUGGAGUCAUCUGACACCAUCGACAAUGUGAAGGCGAAGAUCCAAGACAAGGAAGGAAUCCCACCGGACCAGCAGCGAUUGAUUUUCGCCGGAAAGCAGCUCGAGGACGGACGUACUUUAGCGGACUACAACAUCCAGAAGGAAUCAACGCUUCACCUUGUUCUUCGUCUACGUGGAGGUGCCAAGAAGAGGAAGAAGAAGACUUACACCAAACCUAAGAAGAUCAAGCACAAGCAUAGGAAGGUCAAGCUCGCUGUUCUCCAAUUUUACAAGGUUGAUGGAUCUGGAAAAGUUCAGCGUCUGAGGAAGGAGUGCCCUAACGCUACCUGUGGUGCUGGGACUUUCAUGGCUAGCCAUUUUGAUCGCCACUACUGUGGUAAGUGUGGUCUCACUUACGUUUACCAGAAAGAAGAAGCUCAGGAAUGAUGAAUUUGAAUUCUCAUCUCUCUUAAGGCUAUCUUUUGAAUUCGAUACUGCUUUUUUGAUUUUGAUUUUGGAACUGCUUUGUUUUGUUGUUAUGGAUCUUUAUGUUGAACAUCUUUGGUUCUGAAUUUCAUAUUUAGGUCUUUUUGUUAUGGAUUUAAUUCUCUA